UCAGUUGAGUUUGUGUAGUGAGUCUUGAAAGACGUGUUUAGUGUUAAUUUUAUAAAAGUUUUUUCUUUCUAAGAUUAUCUGUAGGAUUCAAAUUAAUUGUUUUCGUGCAAUAAUCUUAACAAUGUCUCAAGAUAAUGCGAAAUUUGAUUUUCGGAUUCUAACAAUAACUUUUGUUCUUAAUAUCUUGUCGUAUAUCUUUGAUAUCAUCACUUAUCCUUUCUACGUUCUAAUUCAAAAGCCAUGGAGACGUGUUACUCAUCGUGUAAGAGCGCAAGCAGUAAGUAAGAGCGAUAAUGAAAUCACAUAUCACUCUGUUGACCAGCCGGGUAAAAUUUAUAUUCGCAUGCUUGAAACUCACACUGACACAUUGGAACUAAUGUUCAAACGUGUCGCAAAAAUUCACACAACAAAAAAAUGCCUCGGAACACGUGAGAUUCUCGCCGAAGAAGAUGAAAUACAACCAAACGGAAAAGUUUUCAAAAAAUAUAAAUUGGGUGACUACAAAUGGAUGAACUUUACUGAAACGGAAGAAAAAGCGAGAUUUUUCGGACGUGGCAUGCGUGAACUUGGCUUGCAACCUAAAGAUAAAGUUGUGAUUUUUGCUGAAACAAGAGCUGAAUGGAUGAUUGCUGCACAUGGUCUUUUCAAACAAAGUUGCACGAUUGUGACAAUUUAUGCAACACUUGGCGAUGAAGCAAUCAUGCAUGGUGUCAAUGAAACUGAAGUUAAAACCAUCAUCACAUCACAUGAAUUGCUUCCAAAAAUCCGGAAGAUUCUCAACUCAAUUCCCAACAUCAACACAAUCAUUUAUUUUGAAGAUCAACUCAAGAAAACUGACGCUUCAGGUUUUGGUGACGUUCGUGUCGUUCCAUUCUCUCGAGUUGUAGAAAAUGGAAGUGCAAGUAAAUUUGAAGAGUUUCCUCCACGAACUGAUGACAUCGCCUUCAUCAUGUACACUUCGGGAAGCACUGGCACACCCAAGGGCGUCUUACUAACUCAUUCAAAUUGCAUAGCAACAAUGGAAUGUUAUUGUGAUCUUGAGAUUCUUUCUGGUGACGUUGGAAUUGGUUUUCUUCCACUUGCUCAUGUUUUUGAACUUCUCGCUGAAAGUGUUGCUUUGCUUCGUGGUGUUCCAAUUGGAUAUUCAACACCAAACACUCUUCUCGAUACCAGUUCAAAAGUUAUGAAAGAAUCCAAAGGCGAUAUGACGAUAUUACAACCGACAGCAAUGACAAUUGUUCCACUUAUCUUAGAUCGAAUUAUUAAAACGAUUGAUGACAAGUUAAACAAAGGAUCAGCUGUUGAAAAGGCGAUUUUCCACCUUGCAUAUGAUUAUAAGAGAAAGUGGUUGGCUCGUGGAUUUUGCACACCAAUGCUUGAUGCUUUGAUAUUCAAGAAAAUUGCAAAAAUCUUGGGUGGACGAAUGCGAGUUUUAGUCACUGGUGGAGCUCCAUUGUCACCUGAAACUCAAGAAAGAAUUCGCGUUAUUUUAUGCGUCUCUGUUGUGCAAGGUUAUGGAUUGACUGAGACAACAGCUGGCGCGACACUUUCUUCUGUACGUGAUUCUUCGGUUGGUCGUGUUGGUGCUCCAUCUCCACUUGUUGAUAUCAGACUGGUCAACUGGGAAGAAGGACAUUAUCGUGUGACUAAUAAACCAUAUCCACAAGGAGAAGUUCUUGUUGGAGGCUUCACAAUAUCUCCAGGCUAUUAUAAACUUCCAGAUAAAACAGCUGAAGAGUUCUUCGAAGAAGACGAAAAACGUUGGUUCAGAACUGGAGAUAUUGGUGAAAUGCACCCCGAUGGCGUCUUGAAGAUUAUAGAUCGUAAGAAAGAUUUGGUAAAACUACAACAAGGCGAAUACAUUUCAUUGGGAAAAGUUGAAACUGAAUUGAAGACAAGUUUGCUUGUCGACAACAUUUGUGUCUACGGAGAUUCAUUGAAAGAAUAUUGUGUUGCUUUAAUAGUUCCCAAUGCAAAAGCAUUGAAAGAAUUAGCUGCAACUUUAAACAUAAGCGGAAGUUUCGAAGAACUUUGUUCAAAUAUUGAAGUUGAGAAAGCAGCAUUGAAGGAAAUCACAGAACAAGGCAAAAGAUGUCACUUGGAUAAGUUUGAAAUUCCUGCGAAGAUUACGCUUUGUAAGGAGGUUUGGUCGCCUACCAUGGGACUUAUAACAGCUGCUUUCAAGAUUAAGCGAAAGGACAUUCAAAAGACAUAUCAAGCAGACAUUGAUCGAAUGUAUGGAAAAUAAAUUUCUAUAAAAUUUCUAAAUAAAAUAAUAAAAGAAAUGAAAUGCCGAGUUGAUGAUGAACAUUUUAUUGUUUUAAUUAAA